AUUAUGUGAAAAUAUAUUUAUGUUUUCAUAUAAUCCGUGGUAAAAUAACUAAAAUUGCGUUCGUCCAAUUUUCAAAAAAAUAUUUUAAUUUUUCAUAGUUCAUACAAGACGUCAUGUCACUUACUCACAUCUAACUAGUGAAAAAUUAAAAAUUGAAAUCGAAAAUAUUAAUAUCUGUGAUUCAUAUCUGUAAUGUUAUGUAUCGUAACUUUUUAAGACAUUAUAAUGUUAAGAGGAAGUCGCAUCCGCAUGUGUUGUCUUCGUCUUACACAAGCGUACCUACGACAAGUUAUGAUCCGUUAUGAUCAUUUUAAAAUGAACAGUUUCAAAAAAGUCAUAAGCAUAACUUACUUAAAUAUAAUAAUAUCUAUAAAAGCCUACAUGGAGCCCUCAAUGGGUUGAGUUGAACGUUAUAUUAUAAUUUGUCCGGCAGCAUAAGACAUUGUGAAAAAUUUAAGACAAUAGUAACCGGUUACAAGGGUUUUGAUUUAUUUUACGGACCAUUUACUAUGAAUAAGUGUUCCAGAUUGCUUAGCUGGCGUCGUUUGGCUAUAGGAGUAGCCUAUUGUCAAACAAAAACUUCUGAUCCUGAUAAGGUCGAUCAACCAAUAGUCAUAGAAUUGAAUCAAAUAGCCGAACAACUGACCCAUAAGCAUUUGUUACAACAAACAUGUACUAUAUCAGUAAACUGUUCUUGUCAGAUGAUUACAAUAGCAUUAGUCGCACUCAAUGAUGCAUCACAAAAAUACAAAGAUGAAUUAAUUAGGUGUAUGGAUUUAUUGGAACCCAAUGAUUUGUUCGAUGAAAAAUUAGAAAAUGAUGUUAUGGAGUCUCGAUAUGAUAUUGCAAAUGCAAAAUCAUUUUAUUUAGAUUCUAUUAGUGCUAUGGAUUGUGCUUUACAACUAGGGAAGUCAAACGCACUUAUGUCUUAUACAGUAGCAGCAAACACUGUAUUCAAUAGCAUGUCUGAAAAACUUUACUCCGCUGAAAGAGAGUUUCAGUCUUGUACUGAAGAGAUAAGAAAAUUAGAAGACAGAUUGACUAAAUUAUUGGCAGACUCUGUGAAUCCAUCUAAACAUGAAGAAAGUUAAAUAAUAUAAUUAUGAAA